CCCGUGGCGCGGCGCAACACGGCUACAGACCCCGCCCGCGCAGAGAGAAAAGCGAGCGCGAGAUGGAGAGAGCGGGUUGGGGGGGGGGGGGUUGCUUACACCGAAUCAGGGUGCCAGUUAGUGCUCUUGCCGCCAUAGGUGGAGGUUGCACGGGAGCGUGUUCGGAUUAAAGCUGUGUGAUCAUCAACGGCUCCCUGCUGCGCCGGUCAGCGUGACGCACAGAAAGUGGAGGCGCACCGUGGCUGGAGUCUCAUUGGAUUAGCGCCAGUGGCAGCGGAGGGAUCACCAAGUUGAAAUGCUGUGAGGGCUCGUGGUGUUUGUGUGUGAGGAGGAGGAUGCUCCAGUCUCGCGGUUGUUUUUGUGCGAUAAGUUUGGACUGAAAAGAACGGAGCGGAGCGCGCGCGUCUGUCUGGGAUGUAAUUGUUUUGAACUGCAAUAAGAGAAAAAGGGGAAAAAAGGUCAAGUGGACGCAGUUUGAAGCCGUGGAGGGGUUUGCGGUGUGAGAGGAGCGGAACAAAGCGUGGACCAGGCUCAAUCCCCAACACAAAUCUGGGUAAUGACGGCCGGUUUGGACGUUGUUUUGUGUCUGCUGAUGAGCAACAAUACCGGUGAUAAAAUUACAAACGAGUGAAUUCAGGAGUGUUAUUCAUUGUGAAUUUAAUUUUUUUAUUUUUGUGAGAUAAGGGGAUCUAAUCCAGGGGGUGCAUUUAUCUCCCCGGCUGCGCGUAAUGGGAGAAAAGUUUCGGACCUUGCAGAGGAGACGCACUCGCAGCAUCCCGCCGUCGACGCGCUUCUAAAUAACAUGUGAAUUCCUUCUGUUCCGUUCGCGCGAGACGAAGUUUAAAAGUGAAUUUUAGCCAUUCAGUAUGACUUGAAAGAGCCCUGGCGUUAUCGGAACUCUCAUCAAGCCAGUUAACGAUCCAUGAACAGCCGAAUCGAUUUGUCCAAAGACGCGCAGACGGACAUUAAUGAUCUGAAGAGGAUUUCUGCAGCAGCAGCAGCAGCAGCAGCGCAGUAAAAGCCUGAACCCAGUGAGACAGAGAGAGAGAGAGAGAGAGAGAGAUUCCCCCUGGAUGUCUAUGAUGUUGUGCCAGCUCGGGCAGAGGUGUGUGAUGGAGGUGGUGGUGCUGACCCUCUUGUCUUGGGUGUCCGUGUGGGCAGAGGAGAAGAUCAUAUUUGACAGACACGCUGUCUACUGGAACAGCUCCAACCCCAAGUUCUGGCACGGAGAGUACAGGGUGGCAGUGAACAUUAAUGACUAUCUGGACAUCUACUGUCCCUACUACGAGGGUCCUCCGUCCCAUGGGCGCAUGGAGCGCUACAUCCUGUUUAUGGUCAACCACGAGGGCUACACUUCCUGCCAGCACCGGAUGCGUGGCUUCAAGCGCUGGGAGUGCAACCGCCCCAGCGGUCCUGACGGACCCCUGCGCUUCUCAGAGAAGUUCCAGCUCUUCACUCCCUUCUCCCUGGGCUUUGAGUUCAGGCCUGGACACGAGUACUACUACAUCUCGUCUCCUCACCCAAACCAUGUGGGGCGAGCAUGUCUAAAGUUGAAGGUGUAUGUCAGACCUCCAGGUAAGUCACGCUCUAACUACACACUCUCACACACACAUUGCCACACACACGCAAAGGUCCAGAUUGGCUAUCAAAGAAAAAUUAGGGGGGGGAAUAAGGAGUCUGAUAGAAUGCCCCGGCAACACUCUCUGCUCUGAUUCACAGGCCAGCCAGGCAACACGUUAACACCUUUACACACCCUAAAAACACACACAUACACACACUCUGACCAGGAUUUUGACACAUUCACACAUACAAGCACACACAAGUGUGCACAAGCGCAUGCACACGGGCACAAAGUGGCAUACGCACUUCACAUCAAAUCACAUCACAUCACACUGGGUGUGAGGGAGACCUUCUGUCCUUGUAGAAAGAGAACAGAGCUAGCUGAAAGUGCCUCUAAAAAUGUUACCAAGUCUUCACAUCAUUCUCCUGGCUAGAUUUGCUCAUAAGAAACAAGAGAGCAAUCUAAUAAUAAACCCAUUGCAUAUACUGCAGAAGUCUAAUCUAAUAAUAGACACUUCAUAAUUCUUAAUAAAAUUCUCCUUAUGCAUCAGCCUUGUGGUAAAAGAUGAAGCAUGCUUGCUCGCCAAAUAAUACCUUAUUUUUUAACCAAAGAGCAUGCAGCCUGAUAAGAUAUACUCCUUUGAAAACAGCUUCCUCAUAGAUUGGUGCAGACAGGACGCAGUGCUCACAGAAGUGCGCCAUGUUGGCCUGUGAUAGUGCCGUUUUCAAAGAAACUGAAAAGAUUAACAUGCACUGGGAGCACAUUGCGGCAGGCAUUUCACUGCACUUGCGUUAUCUUGAUAAUCUACCUGAACGUCUUUUUCAAAGGUAGAUUCUGACUCGUGAGUUUUCAACCUAAGCCUGACUAAAGAAUCAAACCUGGGUAGUAACACGUCUCCCUAGAUAAUGGAACGGAUUUGAAGAUCUUCGUAAAAGGAUGAGAAUCGGCCUUCGCAGCUUUCCAGACUCAGAUCAUUCCAUCUUUAGCUAAGGGGGAAGGAAAUUCUCUCCUCCUCCAUAAUUACUGAAACAACUUACAUUCUUUUAUUCUGUCAUUGCUGCCGCUCGUCUUGGAGAUUCUGCUUUUUUCUGCUGUUAACUUAAUCUGUCUGACAUUGCAACUUCCAUCUCAUCUGUGAAAUAUUGUCACUAGAGUGAGCUGUGAGCGGUUGCACAUGAGUGGAUGUGUGUGUGUGUGUGU